AGCAUGACUUCCAUGUCCAGUCUCUUUUCCUUCACGAGUCCAGCAGUCAAGCGCCUGCUUGGCUGGAAGCAAGGAGAUGAGGAGGAGAAGUGGGCCGAAAAGGCAGUGGAUGCACUUGUGAAAAAGCUGAAAAAGAAGAAAGGGGCAAUGGAGGACUUGGAAAAAGCCCUGAGUUGCCCUGGACAACCCAGCAAAUGUGUUACCAUUCCAAGAUCACUGGAUGGCAGGCUACAGGUUUCCCACCGUAAAGGUCUGCCACAUGUAAUAUACUGUCGGGUGUGGCGUUGGCCAGACCUCCAGUCUCAUCAUGAGCUCAAGCCCCUGGAGGUGUGCGAGUAUCCGUUUGGCUCCAAACAGAAAGAGGUGUGCAUUAACCCAUAUCACUACAAGAGAGUGGAGAGUCCGGUUCUCCCUCCUGUCUUGGUACCACGCCACAGCGAGUUCAACCCACAGCACAGCUUGCUUGUACAGUUCCGCAACCUAACCCACAAUGAGCCGCACAUGCCCCUGAAUGCCACCUUUCCUGAGUCCUUCCAGCAGCCACACAGUGGGGGCAGCAGCAGCGGUGGUGGAGGUGGAGGCUCCUUUCCCAUCUCUCCCAUUUCUCCAUAUCCCCCUUCUCCAGCCAGCAGUGGUACUUAUCCCAACUCUCCUGCCAGCUCAGGGCCCUCUAGUCCAUUCCAGCUACCAGCUGACACCCCACCUCCAGCAUACAUGCCUCCUGAUGAGCAACUGGGCCAGGAGAGUCAAUCCAUGGAGACGAGCAGCAGCAGCCUAGUUCCACAGAAUAUGGCUAGAGGAGGUAAGCAGAACGAUGUGCAGCCAGUGGAGUAUGAAGAGCCCAGCCACUGGUGCUCUAUCGUCUACUAUGAACUCAAUAACCGUGUGGGUGAGGCUUACCACGCUUCAUCAACCAGCGUGCUAGUGGACGGCUUCACUGAUCCAUCAAAUAACAAGAACCGUUUCUGCCUGGGGCUCUUGUCCAAUGUCAAUCGCAACUCCACAAUUGAGAACACCCGUCGGCACAUUGGCAAAGGUGUUCACCUGUACUAUGUAGGAGGGGAGGUGUAUGCUGAGUGCCUCAGCGACACCAGCAUUUUCGUCCAGAGCCGUAACUGUAACUAUCACCAUGGAUUCCAUCCCACCACUGUCUGCAAGAUCCCAAGUGGCUGCAGCCUGAAGAUUUUCAACAACCAGGAGUUUGCCCAGCUUCUGGCCCAGUCUGUCAAUCAUGGCUUUGAGGCCGUUUAUGAGCUUACCAAAAUGUGUACCAUCCGGAUGAGUUUUGUUAAGGGCUGGGGAGCCGAGUACCACCGACAGGAUGUCACCAGCACACCCUGCUGGAUUGAGGUGCACCUGCAUGGGCCACUCCAGUGGCUGGACAAGGUCCUGACUCAGAUGGGCUCUCCCCUAAACCCAAUAUCCUCUGUGUCCUAA